CAUUUUAAGUUGUCUCCUAUAUAAAAACAAAUAUGUAUAAUAAAAAAAUUAUAAAGAUCUAAAGUUUCUGAUGCGGUAGUUUAGGCAAAUUAGCGAAUUAGCCUUACUAACAAUGUGAAAAUAAUUCCUUAUAAAACUAAAAUCACAAAAAGAAUUCCAUGGACUUUUAAUAUAAAAAGAAUUCACGUAUGCAAUAAUUUUUAUGAAUUAUGAAGCAUAUAAAUUUAAAUAAUAUAGUAUACACAUGAAAAAUAUAUAGAUAUAUAUGUGAAUAUGUAUAUCUGAAGUAUGCGUUUUGGGAGACAUAUAAUACAAAAUUAGCAAAUCGUUAAUAUCGAAUGUACAUUUUCCCAAAUUUGAAAAGAUACGCAAAAAGCAACUAAAUACUUUUUUUUCUUCCUGUAGUGUAGCAUUUAUUGAAAUCUUAAAAAAAUCUGGAAGGUUUUCUUUAAAUAAAUUUUUUUAUGUUUUGAUAACGCAAAACUUUAAGAAUGAAAGCACUAGUAAAGUAAAAAAAAAUUGGAUUUUAACUUUCUCUAAUUAAAAAUUUGAAAAAAUUUGAUCUUGUGGGAGAUUUAUGAAGUUAAAAAGGGCCCUCUAUAGAUCCCAUAAGAAUAGGUGUAAAUGCGUCAGCUCUGAACUGUCACUCUCUCUUAGGGUCCACGCCUGUAUUUCUGUCAGCCGCGUACCAGCCGCUUUGCAUACACAAACUUUAUUAAAGUUUUUCAAGUUGAAUAGCUUUUAAAAAUUUUCUGAUACCAAUGAAAUCUGCUACGCGCAUAAAAGAAUUUUUGCCAAAGUUGCACGUGAGCGUUAGAUUAGAAAAAAUAAUUUAUUAAAAACAAAAAUGAGUGUAAGAUGGUAAUUUUUUGUUUAAAAGAAAUAUUUUAUUGUAGUGACAGAAAUAGGGAAGGGUACAAUAUUAUUGGGGCUAAAGAAAUUGGACUAGGUAUUCGUCAUCUGCAAUGUUUUCUGUUGUUUUGGUGUUUAACGGUGGCGUAUGCCCUUAGAGUUAAUUUGUCUGUGGGAAUCGUGGCAAUGACGUCAAAAAAUGACACAAAUCCUGAUUUUGAGGAAUAUAAAUGGGAUGAAAAGACAAAAUCUUUAUUAUUAAGCAGUUUUUUUUGGGGGUAUGUCGUAACACAAGUUCCUGGAGGAUACUUGUCACAAAAAUAUGGAUCAAGGCCAAUGCUUUUCUUUGGUGUAUUAAUUUGUUCCUUACUUGCCAUUUUAACACCAAUAUGUGCUUCAUUAGGAGAUUGGCAAUUUGUUUGUGCUCUUCGUGUAGCUCAAGGAUUUUGUCAAGGUGUGGUGUUUCCUUCAACGCAUAAUCUACUCUCUAAAUGGGCUCCAGUAGAAGAACGAGGUAAAUUAGGAACAUGGUGCUACGCGGGAGCCCAAUUUGGGACAGUUAUAAUGCUCGCGUCUAGUGGCAUAAUAGCCUCAUCCAGACUAGGUUGGCCCAGUAUUUUCUAUAUAUCAGGUUCAACUGGCAUUAUAUGGUCCAUAUUUUGGUUUAUUUAUGGUUCAAGCACACCUGCGCAACAUAAAACAAUAUCAGACGACGAAAGAAAAUUUAUUGAAACUUCACUUGGAAAAUUUGAUGAUCAGCGUACCAAAAAUUUAAAUAUCCCGUGGUUCAAAAUUUUAACAUCGAUGCCUUUUGUUGCUUUAAUUAUUGUUCAUUGUGCUCAUAACUGGGGUUUCUGGACAUUAUUAACAGAAAUGCCAACUUACAUGAAAAAUAUUUUAAAUUUGGAUAUUAAAUCUAAUGCUUUAUUUUCAUCUUUACCAUAUUUAGCAAUGUGUUUACUUAGUUUUAUGUUUACAUUCUUAUCUGAUAUUUUAUCGAGAAAAACAUUGAUGUCUCUAUCAUUUAGUCGCAAAUUUUUCAAUACAAUUGGACAUUGGAUUCCGAUGGUUUCCUUGAUUGCUCUAGCAUAUGUCGAUAAAAAUGAUCAAAAUUUAGCCAUAAUUUUGUUAACUAUUACUGUUGGAAUAAAUGCAGCUACAUACCUUGGAUUCCAAGUAAAUCAUAUAGACUUAUCUCCUAAUUUUGCUGGAACUUUGAUGGGAAUUACAAAUUGUGCAGCAAAUAUAAUGAGUAUCAUUGCCCCGCUUACUGUCGGUUUGGUUGUUUCGGAUGAGAAAAAUCCUGCGCAAUGGAAAAUAGUGUUCUUCAUAUCGGCUGGUAUAUACUUAAUUGGGAAUUUACUGUUCAUUAUUUUUGGAAAAACAGAAGAACAGGCAUGGAAUAAUACAGCUCAUGGCCAGUUAACGCCAAAAGUUAGACGAACUUCAAUUAUAGUUGAAGCAGUUGAAUCACAUAACUAAAUAAAAUUUCAAAUUUUUCGUUUUCAUCACUAAUUACAAUUCUUUUCAGUUGAAUAUUUGUAUAUAUGUAUGUACAUAUAUGUUUGUAAAUGCAUAUGUAUAUGCAUCCUAAACAAUUAUAUUAUCCUAAACUUCCUAGAAAUGUUUUUAUUUUUUAGAUAGGUUCCCACCUUCUUUUUUGUUUCAUAAUUGCGUUUAAAUUUAAAAUUAAACAUAAAAAGCAAAAGUUAAAGAAUUAAUCUCGGUUUACAAAAUAUUCGAUUUUUGUUAAGAGUUGUGAAGGCAAGAAAGAAAUAAUGUGUGAAAACAAACGAGUGUAUCAAACCUAGCGAAAUGAACAAAAAUUAAACUAAGGUUAAGUUUGUGUUUUUUUUUUAGUAAAAACAAAAAUUUAAUUUUCAUUACAUAAAAGUUAGGAACAAGCAUUCGAAUGUUUUGAUAUGAAUAUAAAAUUUUGCGUAUUUUCGUAUUGUAUUAUAAUAUAUGCAAUAUAAUAUAACCUAUACAAUAGGAGUUUACAUACAUAUGUAAAUACGCAGAAUGUAUUAGGUAGUGAUAAAGAAAUAAAGCAAUUUAUAAAAAAUCUAUGCAUAUCGAUUCAUACUUUAUGAAAUAUAAUUAUUACCGAUACGUAAAUAGGAAAUACUUUUAAAUUUAUAAAGAUAAGAUUGAAGUGAAAAUGAAAGAUUCAUAAUUUAUAUUUUUUACAUUUAUUGAAAUAUAUUAGUUACAAAUUUAAAUUUUUUAAUA